CCGGAGCGACCGCUUUGGAGCUGUCCAAGUAAUCUCUUGAUAUUUUGAUCGUCUUCGGUUUGUCUUCCCAUCGAAGAUGGCGGCGCUUGUGGGAUUGCGUGCAUAUUUCUCCGCUCUUCAGCGUUCUUCGCCAGGUCUCCUGCACAGCUCUUUGAAAUUGUGUGCAGUGCAUCUCAGUCAGCGGUCCUUUGCUUCAGAAGCGAAGAAGACAUACAGCAGAGACAAGCCCCAUGUGAACAUUGGAACAAUUGGCCACGUUGAUCACGGCAAGACAACCCUGACUGCAGCCAUCACGAAAGUGCUUGCUGAUGUUGGUGGGGCGAACUAUAAAAAAUAUGAGGACAUUGAUAAUGCCCCCGAGGAGAAGGCCAGAGGAAUCACCAUUAACGCCUCUCAUGUAGAAUAUACCACAGCCAACAGACAUUAUGCUCACACAGACUGUCCUGGUCAUGCUGACUAUGUCAAGAACAUGAUUACAGGCACAGCUCAGAUGGAUGGCUGCAUCCUGGUGGUGGCGGCCACUGACGGUCAGAUGCCUCAGACACGAGAGCACCUCCUGUUGGCUAGGCAGAUAGGUGUCGAGCAUGUGGUCGUUUUCAUCAACAAGGCUGAUGCUGUUGAGGACAAGGAGAUGCUGGAGCUGGUGGAGAUUGAGAUCCGCGAGUUGCUCACAGAAUUCGGCUAUGAUGGCGAAAACACACCUGUUGUAAUAGGCUCAGCUCUCUGCGCCCUGGAGAACAGAGAGCCUGAACUUGGUGUGAAUUCAGUGUUGCAACUGCUGGAGAUUGUGGAUUCUUACGUUCCUCUGCCCAAAAGAGAGCUGGAUAAACCUUUCCUUCUGCCCAUUGAAGGGGUUUGUUCCAUUCCAGGCAGGGGUACGGUGGUGACGGGCACUAUGGAGAGAGGUGUCGUCAAGAAAGGAGAUGAUGCUGAGUUUAUGGGCCACAAUCGCAGCUUUAAGUCAGUGGUUACAGGUAUUGAGAUGUUCCACAAGUCCCUGGAUCAAGCAGAAGCGGGAGAUAACCUGGGCGCUCUGAUCCGAGGACUGAAGAGGGAGGAUGUGAGGAGAGGGAUGGUGAUGUGCAAACCAGGAUCCAUCAAGCCUCACCAGAAAGUCCAAGCUCAGGUGUAUAUACUGAGUAAGGAGGAGGGAGGCAGACACAAACCAUUUGUCUCCAACUUCAUGCCUGUCAUGUUCUCUCUGACCUGGGACAUGGCCUGCAGAGUCACUCUGUCUGCUGACAAGGAAAUGGUAAUGCCAGGGGAAGACACCAGCUUGACACUUACGCUCCGCCAGCCGAUGGUUCUGGAAAAAGGCCAGAGGUUCACUUUGAGAGACGGAAACAAAACCAUUGGCACUGGCCUGGUCACAGACAUCCUGACAGUUACAGAAGAAGACCAACACAACUGGGGCUAAAACUCUGCAGAAGGGCUUGAGCUUUGGGGGUGGGGGUGGGGUUGGGCUUUUGGCAAAGGAGGAUGGGCGCAUGUCUGGCUGGUCAAAUGAAAUGAUUAUGGAAAUAACAAAACAAAGACCAUAAAUCCAUGAACAGAUCUGACACAGGAUGGCUCUAUUGCACAGUUCUACCCAAUGAAACUAUGUUUAGCACUGUGUUUGUGUUUAAAGGCCACACUGUUAAAUAUGUCUUUUAUGUAAUAAAAUGUGUUAAAGAUAGAAAAGCCUUCUUUUCUGUGGUAUUGGCAAUUGCAAGCCAUAUCAUUUAAAAAAAUUGUCAUUAUUAUUAUAUUAAAUGAACUAUGUAUUACAGUGUUGCAUUCAUACAGAAACUUAAAAAUCUGUAGUAAAAGACCUGGCUAUCA